AUAGAAUUACAGUGCGAAAACGUAAACAUAGCGAAUCGCAAAGUUUAAGCGAGCGGUUGGACUCAGCUCAAGCAGUGGAAGAAUACAAUAAUGUGAAUUAGAAUUGAAAUACAGUGACAAAACGGUCAGAAAAUAUAAGUUAAUAAAAAACAGUUAUAAAAAAGGUACUAGAAUCUGAAUUUCAACCUUACCGGCUUGCGAUAACUGAGAAAACUUUAACCUCAAAAAUCUUUAAAAAGUGUGGGAGUUAAAAGAAUUAAUUAAAAAAAAUAUUAUUUAAUUAAAGUAAAUUGUGAAAAUAAUAGCUACUACGACAUAAAAUAGAACGCUUAGUUUAGCUGUGAAUUCUAGUGCAAAACCAAAGCCCAAAACCACACCUUCAGCUCCAGUUUGGCACUUCAAUCAGCAAUAUGAGGCGCUUAAUCGUUUUUGCCUUCCUACUGCUCAUUUCACAGUCACCAUUGUACUGCAACGCGGCCACCAGCGGCGUCACCCCCACCCCGCAACCCAACAUUCUUUUGCCACACGCCGACAUCAAGAGCCGCAAAUUCCAAACUCAUUUCAUUGAUGAGCUCAACGCUUUGGUGGACACAGCCGCCGGCGAUCAUCUCAAUCGACUACUGCAGGAGCUGCGCGCCAACAAAGACUAUGUCGCUUAUGUGUCACGCAUCGAGUCAGCCGCCAGCGCCACACGACUCAUGCCGAAAAUCGUCUACCUCAAGCAGCUGCUCGACCUCAAGUUGAAUGAGCCGCUGCACAGCGUCGAGAGCUAUUACACCGUGCGCAAUCUAAACUUCCUCGGCAAAUUGAAGCGACAAUUGUUGCAGCUGCAGGAUGAGAGCGCCACAGAGCUGCGUCAUCUACGCUGGUACAAUUUGUGCGGACAAUUUUGGUACCGCGAUGCGCUGUCGAAUCAAACACAAACGGCGCCACACAAAGCCACGCCGCGACCACCCGUGGCGGCGCACUACUGGGCGAAUGUCAAGUUGGCGCCAUUGCGUGCCGAAACUGUAGUCGCCUCAACGGCCGAAACGCCCUUGGCACAUAUCGAGCUCGAACGUUUCGCACGGCUGCUGUAUGCAAAUGUGAAGGCGGCCGGCGCGGAGUUAAUCGAUGAUUAUUUGUUCACCGUGCGCAAGCUAUUGCAGGAGGUCAUUGAAGAAAAGCACAUUGCGGCUAUGUCAUCAACGGAAAAUGAAGAGGGGAAGUUGGAGCCAUCCACUGCCGACUCGCAUACACUGCACGUCAGCAAGUUGAGCAAAGUGUUGACCGAAAUCGACACAAUACUCGCCAUUGAUGACUUCUAUGCGAAACGCAAUCGUUUGUACAGUUAUCUCGAAAAUGACCUCUCCACCGAUUAUGAGCAAUUUAAGAACUCGCAAUAUGCAAACGACGACUUGGCGGAAAUGCUGGCGAAAUUGCAGCGCAAAGGCGUCGACCUCUUUGUCACAUUCAUAUUCAGCAAUUUUGAGUUCCUCGAGCAUUUACACGAAACGUGGCGCAAGCUAUUGCCAUGGCCAACGAACGCGCACGAAACGCCGCUGCUGUACGAUGCGUCGUCACAACGCCUCUUCGAUGUGCAUCGCUUAUAUGUGGAGUUUAAGCGCGAUUGGGAGAAUAGCGAGCGCUAUAACGCCUAUCAGGGCGUGGUGCAGACCCUCUAUGCGGACACGCGUAAUGGCAGUGCGAACAUGCACAUCUUCGAGUUGCUGAACAAUGCUUCGGCGAAUGUGGGCACUGUCACGCUCAACAUGAUUAAGGCAAAGUGCGACGAGCUGUAAACUUAUAGGCAGUGGCAAGGGAUAGAGUUAUGUUUAACAAAAGGGAUAGUAGGAAGGUAGUACAAAGGGUUUAAUAUUUAGAUUUAAGUUAAGUUUUGUGGAGCAUAUGUUUUCUAUCACCACUUCAAAUCCAAAAUUUUGUGAACUUAAUAAAAUAUAAUUUUUUUAUCUUAACACAUAAUGAUCGCAUGUGAUUUUAUGACACAAUGAGCAUACAAUUUCAAAAAUAAACGA